UCUUCAAUUCAAAACCCAUUAUAAACCCUGACUCCGAAAAAACCCUGAAUCUGAACCCCAAAUUGUCUCAAACACCAGUUUUGAGGUUUAUCAUUACAAGUUCUGCAGAUUGGUAAGUCUCUUGUCAUGUUUGCAAAACAUCAUAGUAUUUGCUUCUGAAUAUCCUUUUGUUUCUGUCUGAAGUUCCAUAGAUAGAUGAAAAUGGAGCCUAAACUAUUGCUCUCUUCUUCAUCAUCAUGUACCCCUUUGCCAUUUUUCAUCUCAAAUAGACUCCCUUUCCUUCAAAGACCCAAACCUUCUGUCAAACUCCGUUGUUCUCUCCAGAAUUCCCAAUUUUGGGGGAGGAAUUUGAGCUUGGUUUCAUCGCAGAGAAGUGUUUGUAACCCCCCACUUCGAAUUGGACCCAUAAGAGCAGCAGUGAAGAGGAGGAAGGAGAUGCCCUUUGAUAACGUGAUUCAAAGGGACAAGAAGCUCAAGUUUGUGCUCAGGGUGAGGAAGAUUCUGGUGAGUCAGCCGGAUCGCGUUAUGUCGCUGAAGGAGUUGGGGAAGUAUAAAAGGGAACUGGGUUUGGAUAGAAAGAGGAGACUUAUUGCUCUGUUGAGGAAAUUCCCUGCAGUGUUUGAGAUUAUGGAAGAAGGGGUUUUUUCCCUCAAGUUCAAGAUGACGCCGGAGGCUGAUAGGCUUUAUCUUGAGGAGUUGAGGGUUAGGAAUGAAAUGGAGGAUUUGGUGGUUGUCAAGCUUAGGAAAUUGUUGAUGAUGUCUUUGGAGAAGAGGAUUUUGUUGGAGAAAAUUGCCCAUCUUGGGGCUGAUUUGGGGCUCCCGCAGGAUUUUCGCGAAACCAUUUGUCAUAGUUACCCUCAGUAUUUUAAAGUUGUUGCAACUGAAAGAGGCCCUGCUCUGGAAUUAACACACUGGGAUCCUGAGCUUGCGGUUUCUGCGGCCGAGCUAUCCGCAGAAGAGAAUCGGAUUAGGGAGCUGGAAGAACAGAAUUUAAUCAUAGACAGGACUCCCAAAUUCAAUAGAGUAAAGCUUCCUAAGGGUCUUAAUCUUUCUAAGGGUGAGAUGAGGAGGAUAAUGCAAUUCAGGGACUUGCCUUAUAUAUCUCCAUAUGCGGAUUUCUCAAUGCUGACUUCGGGAACACGGGAGAAAGAGAAGCAUGCUUGUGGUGUUGUUCAUGAGAUUCUGAGUCUCACUCUUGAGAAGAGAACUCUGGUUGAUCACUUUACUCAUUUUCGAGAGGAGUUCAGAUUCUCUCAGCAGCUGAGGGGGAUGUUGAUUAGGCAUCCUGAUAUGUUUUAUGUGUCGCUGAAAGGAGAUAGGGAUUCUGUGUUUCUGAGGGAAGGUUAUCGAAACUCUCAGUUGAUGGAGAAAGACCGGUUGUUGCUUAUAAAGGAAAAGCUCCGUUCUCUGGUUAAUGUUCCACGAUUUCCCAAGGGACCUGCUCGAAGAAGAGUUGGAGAUGGCUUGGAAGAGGGUGAUAGCAGAGAAGAUGAUAGUGGUGAAGAGGAAGACUGGUCAGAUGUUGAUAAUGCUAUGAGCGGCAAUGAAUUUGAAGACAACGACGAAGAUGAUGAUGAUGAUGAUGAUUGGAGUGACGAAGAUGAUGAUGAUACACCGCCUGAUUUUGAUGAGGAUGCUGGAACAUUGGAGAUCAGUCAAAGAAAGACAAUUAAUCAAGUUGAAGACUCAGAACCGAAUAAUGAAAAGGUCCUUGUUCCUACACUCCCGGAUGGCCGUCCCAGAGAACAGUGGUAAUCUUCACAAGAGCCUUCAAGGUUGGAGUUUUUCACGCAAGAAAUGCUUGGCUUCAAAUUUGAUUUUGGACUCGCUGAUUUGUGAUGGAAGCUUUACACAAUGAGUUUGCAUUCACUACCUUAGAAGAAUAUGCAUUAUCUUGCUAAAAUGAGCAUUCUUCAUGGACCAUCCAUGGUUCCUGAAUUUGCUAUGUCAACAACAAAGAAAUGGAUAUCACAUCCAAACCAUAACAGAUUGUCCAACUGAUGUAGAUGACUAUAUCUUUUACCUUUUUGCUGUAUAAUACAGUAGUGAUGCUUGAAUUAGUAUUAUCCUUGAAACUUAUGUUUGCAGGGCAAAUUGGAAUGGAUGAAUGUGUGUAAAGGUUCAAUUAAAUGACAUUUGUUGCAGCAUAAA